AUUCGGAGCGAUCGCACAAUGUUCAAACUUUUACUAUUUCUGACUCUUUUAACUAUCGUAGCGUGUUGCCACCACGGGCGUUCCCAUAAAUGUCGUCACGAGAAGCCCAGCAAGUGCCGUCAUGGUGGUAAACUCGGCUGCAAAGGGGGCAGGUGGACAGAACGCCCCGGCUUCAAGAAAUACGGAAAGGAUAUAAACGAACAACUAAUCGAAGACCUGAGCAGGGACCUGAAGCGAAUCGACGACCGUCUUCGCAGGCUGUGCAACGAUUAUGAAAACGCGGGCACUCGUGAACUGUUCGGGACCUACAGUUACGCGCUGUUCAUACCUCUCCCUGGAGUUACCGCUGAUGAUAUCAUCGUCAAAAGCAAAUACAGAUACGUGUACAUAACCGCGCGCCGACCACCGCCAGCGAAGCCCUACACGGAGAUCAAGAGGCUGCCUAAACUGGUCGACGCGAGUCAAGGUCACUGGGAAUACGAGGACAACGAACUAACAGUCCGUUUUAAAUAUGUAAACUCUGAUACGAAUGACGGCGAUCUCUACAAAUGCGGCUUUGAUUACAAAGACUCUUGGAUCACGGUACCAGAGAGCGAUGAUAAGUAUGAACCGAAUAUCGAUGUAAGGUAUGCACUACAGAAUGCUGAAGUGAACAACAAAAUCAAUGAUUAUUUCAAAAAUACCACUACACCACAACCUGACCUCGACACAAACCAUCUGGACACUAAGGAUCAAGUGAAAACAGAAGACUCAUAAAAUACCUAUAUAACAUAAGUCAUUGUGUUUAUAUGACCCAGUUUUAGGCACUGUGUAUUGUUCAUGUUGUCAUGUCAUUCAAUAAACGUUUUGAUUUUUCCUAUGCAAAUAAAUAAAAUAGAAAUGUUGGUUUGUAAUAUUAAAAUAACAACUUUCGACUAAGCAAAUAUGAAGUAUAUACAAUAUAUAUA